AUGCUGCUGCAGCAGCAGAUGCAGCAGCAGACGCAGCACCAGAUGCAGCAGCAGAUGCAGCAGCAGACGCAGCAGCAGACACAGCAGCAGAAGCAGCUACAGAUGCAGCAACAGAUGCAGCAGCAGAAGCAGCAGCAGAAGCAGCAGCAUGCAGCAGAUGCAGCAGCAGAAGCAGCAGCAGAUGCAGCAGCAGACGCAGCAGCAGAUGCAGCAGCAGAAGCAGCUACAGAUGCAGCAACAGAUGCAGCAGCAGAAGCAGCAGCAGAAGCAGCAGCAGAUGUAACUGAAGGGGACAUAGAAACAGAGGAGGAGACAGAAGACAGCGACACGGAGACAGCACAAGCAGCAGCAGCACAGCAGCAGCAGCAGCAGCAGCAGCAGCAGCGUAGACAGUCGAGCCGGCAGCGCCGCUCCACCCAGGCGCCUAGCGGCAGCAGCCGCAGCAGCAGGGCGUCUUCUUCUCAGAAGUACCCUGGGUGGUACAGCGGGCCAGUGGGCCGGUGCGAGGCGACGCAUCGCUGUUUGUGUUGGUGGAGGUUUAGGCCGACGGGGAAACACCAGCCGGGCUUGGUUAUAAAGGACCUAGACUCGGAGGUUGAAGCCAAGCGCAUGACGCCAGCUGUACGCGAUACCCUCCUCGACGGCAUCGCGGGGAGAGGGCACCCGGGGCGGAGCGGGGGCCCCCGGGGGGCCCCCAAAGCCGAGAUAGUGGUGGUGAUGAGUCUAGAGGACUUGAAAUAUUCUUUGUGUAACUGGAAUGCUACUAAACCCAUGCCGUUUCCUGCUGGUAGCCAGCAGGGGAGACUGGAGAAGGCCGCGGGGUUUUCCUUGAAGGCCCUCAACGCUCUCGCCAGAGCUAAAAAAAUACUGCAGCUCAGAGAGAAAUACAAAGACAUGAAGCAUGGUUGUGCUGCUGCACUGGAGAACCAGCUGCUGGAUACGUUGGCGCGGGAGCAGAUAAAGCCAACGCACGACAUCGUCAAGCAUCUCUUCUCUGUUUCGGCAGACACUAUAAUUCAGAGCUACACCACAAUGCCCCCAGGCAAGUCCCCUCCUAGGGGUGGGAUUGGGAUGCUUACCAGCGGGAGCAGGAGGAGGCAGCGCAGCGUAAGCGUAGCCGCGAGGAAGCAGCAGCAGCAGCAGCAGCAGCAGCAGCAGCAGCAGCAACAACAGGUAGCCCAGCAGCAGCAGCAGCAGCAGCAACUGCAGCAGCAGCAGCAGCAGUUUUGGUCUGCUCAAGGCUCUAUUGCUGCUGCUCCUUACCACCCCAACAACCAGCAGCAGCAGCAGCAGCAGCAGCAGCAGCAGGAGCGUUCUGUUGCUGCUGCUCCUUACCACCCCAACAACCACAACAACAACCACCAGCAGCAGCAGCAGCAGCAGCAGCAGCAGCAGGAGCGUGAGUUGCUGCUGCAGCAGCGUCGAGAGCAGCAAAGACUAAGCGGUCUACUGAACGGUUUCUCUGGGCAGUGGUUAUGUAUGAUGAGUUCGUUGGUGCUGACGCGGCAGCAGCUGCUGCAGCUGCUGCUGCCUAUCCCCCUAGACCUGCUACACAACCCCACUCAUCUUUUUGCUGCUCUUCCUCCUCUUCUCUCUCCCGUGCUGCUGAUGGAGAUAGCUGUAAGACACCAGAAUCCUGCUGCUGCUGCUCACCUGCUUGCUGCUAACCUGCUGCUGCACCGCCUCGCAGACACCAUCGCCAUCAGGGCCCUAGACCCCGCCCAGAAACGAUUGGCUCUAGAAGAAGAACCAAGACAGCAGCAGCAGCAGCAGCAGCAGCAACAGCAGCAGCAGCAGCAGCAGCAGCAGCAGCAGCAGCAGAUGAAAGGGGACAGCAGAAAAAAUCAGCAACGAACUACCCAUGGCAAAUCCACACCAUACAACCAAAAUAAUCUGCCUUUCAUUCUUCCCUUCCUGCUGUUGCUGUUGCUGCAGCAGCUGCUGCAGUUAUUAGCCCAGAAACGAUUGGCUCUAGAAGAAGAACCAAGACACCAGCAGCAGCAACAGCAGCAGCAGCAGCAGCAGCAGCAGCAGCAGCAGCAGCAGCAGAUGAAAGGGGACAGCAGAAAAAAUCAGCAACGAACUACCCAUGGCAAAUCCACACCAUACAACCAAAAUAAUCGGGGCAGCAGCUGCUCGGUGCGGUUUGAAAUGGGGUAUUCUGUGUGUCUUUGUCUUGGCCUUCUCUACGGCCGCAUGAAUCCCAAUCAGCUGCCUCUUUAUGCUGCUGCUGCUCCACUGCAGCAGCAGCAGCAGCAGCAGCAGCAGCAGCAGCAGAAAAAGAAGAGACAACGCUUCUGCUGCGCACCAUGGAUAGGGCUCAUGACGAUCCACUGCAGCAGCAGCAGCAGCAGCAGCAGCAGCAGCAGCAGCAGCAGAAAAAGAAGAGACAACGCUUCUGCUGCGCACCCUGGAUCGGGCUCAUGA